AUGGUCAAUAUCGUGGGUCUUUCGAGCCUCAACAACCGCAACGACGACCGUGAGGACGGUGACCAGCCCAACCAAUACUACGCAGGUGGCGCCUCGGAUCGUGGCGGCGGUAGCGGGCUGUCGGUCAUUGGGCCUGGAGGUGGCGACGAUCACGUGGCCAACAUAAUUGGCCGGGCUCAGCAGGAUGCACGUGCCGCUGCUGCAGCCGGCGAGUCAACGCAGCCGCGCCAUGUGAUCACGUUCUACAGGGAAGGAUUUACGGUCAAUGAUGGUCCGUACCGUGCUCGCUCGGACCCGGCCAACCGCCCGUUCCUCGAGGCCCUGGAGAGCGGCCACGUGCCACAGGAGCUUGAAGGCGAGAACCGCCACGAACCGGUGGAAAUCAGUCUUGUGGACAAGCGACAGGAAGAUUACGUGGCACCCCCGCCACCAGCCUACACAGCGUUCAGUGGAGAGGGCCAGAGUAUGGGUUCCACCACGUAUGCGGCUGAGGCAGUGAUUCAAGGCGACGCAGUGCCAGCAGAACGACCAGUGAUUGAUGACAAGAAGCCCUCGACGACGCUGCAGAUCCGUCUGCACAAUGGUCAGAGACUCAGGGAGACGCUUAACUUGGACCACACUGUUCGUGAUCUGCACGCUAUUAUUCAGCUGAACGAUGCGGGGGCACAGCCGUACACCCUGCUGGCAGGUUUUCCACCUCGCCCUGUGUCGACAGACUUGGCGCAGACCAUCGAGCAGGCAGGACUUAAGGGUGCCGCAGUCACGCAGAAGCUCAUUUAA